UUCUCUUUUCCGUAUACUCAUAUAAAAAUACCACUGCUUAUAAAUUUACCAUCUAGCAGACUUAUAACCUUAUUCGACAUACCUUUAUUAUUAUUAUUACACCAACAAUAUGGGCUGUUGUUCAUCUGUAGAGGCAGGCGAUGGUAGUGGCAAAUUACGUACGGAAGAAAUUGACAAUCAAUUACGUAUGGAAAAAAUCAACAUGAGGAACGAAGUCAAACUACUUUUACUUGGUGCUGGUGAAUCUGGGAAAUCAACCAUUUUGAAACAGAUGAAGCUUAUUCAUGACGAAGGUUUUUCACAGGAUGAACGUAUUGCUUAUACUGAAAUUAUUUUUAGUAAUACUAUUCAAUCAAUGCGUGUCAUAUUGGAAGCCAUGGAAAUUUUGGAUAUUAACCUUGCCAAUCCCGAUAAUCAAGAUGCUGUCAACCUGAUCAUGAAUCAACCCAAUCAAAUUAGUUCCUGUUCCUUACCUUUGGAUGUUGUACGUGCUAUUCAACAAUUAUGGGCUGAUGAAGGUGUCAAAACUACUUUUAAUCGAAGCAAUGAAUAUCAACUCAAUGAUUCUGCAUCUUAUUACUUUGAUUCAAUUGAUCGUAUUUCUCAAGAUGGAUAUUUACCUACCGAUCAAGAUGUUCUUCGCUCACGUGUCAAAACAACUGGGAUUACAGAAACAUCAUUCAAGAUCGGUGAUCUUAUUUAUCGAAUGUUUGAUGUGGGUGGUCAAAGAUCAGAAAGAAAGAAAUGGAUUCAUUGUUUUGAAAAUGUUACAGCUAUUAUCUUUAUGGUGGCCAUUUCCGAAUAUGAUCAAGUCUUGAUUGAAGAUGAAAGUAUCAACCGUAUGCAAGAAGCCUUGACCUUAUUUGAUUCUAUCUGCAAUUCACGAUGGUUUGAAAAGACAUCUACCAUUUUAUUCUUGAACAAGACUGAUAUCUUUAAGCAAAAGUUACUUACAAGUCCUUUAUCCCAAUGCUUCCCUGAUUUCCAAGGUGGUACUGAUGAAGAGGCUGCCCGUGAUUAUAUUAUGAAACGAUUCGUUUCUAUCAACAACUCUCCUGAUAAACAAGUAUAUACUCACUUCACCUGUGCAACGGAUACCGAACAAGUCGAAUUUGUCAUGUCAGCUGUACAUGAUAUCAUUCUUCAAAGCAACUUACGAAAUGUAGGCCUGAUCUGAUCAAUAUUUUCUAGUCUGAUCUGGCUUUUUUUUUUAACCUCUUUAUCAUCAUUACUAUUAGUUCUUUUUUUUUAUCAUAUAUAUUCUCUCUCUUU